ACCCCUCACUUACUCUGCCCUUUAGCCUAGUCCACCCACUCACUUUGUCACCCGUAAACCAAAAAAAAGAACCAAUUAGGGACUAUCGAACAGUCGAAGAAAGGACUGGAUUACCGGAAGAGCCAAUAGCCGAAUGCUAGAACAAAGGACGUCGUCGUCACCCCGCCGGACGCCGCCCUCCACGGGGUUUUUCUAGGGGUUUAACUGAUCCGACGCUCCGACGGAAUGGCCCGCUCAAACGCCGUCCGGCUGGCCCGCGCCGCCCUCUCCUCCCAUCUCCUCCGUGAUUCCUUUUCUGUAUUUGAAUCGAUAUACGGCUCUGGAUGCAGACAGUAUAGUGCCGGGAUUUGCAGCAAGUCCAGGCCUUUACUCCAGUCGUGUUUCAGAGCCAAUGAAAGAGUUUGGUCAUCAAAAGCAAAUUUCGGCCAGAAAAGAUCAAUUCAUGCCACAGCACGAAUGUCAAGCAGAGAUUUCUAUGAUUUACUUGGUGUAAGCAAGAAUGCAACUGCAUCUGAAAUCAAGAAAGCAUAUCUAGGGUUAGCAAAACAGUUGCAUCCAGACGUGAAUAAAGAUGACCCAGAAGCUGCAAAGAAAUUUCAAGAAGUUCAAAGGGCUUAUGAGGUUCUGAAAGACGAUGAAAAACGCCAGACUUAUGAUCAGGUCGGUCAUGAUGCUUUCAAUCGUGCAGAAGAGGGUGGAGGUGCGGGGGCCGGUUUCUCUGGGUUUCCUGGUUUUGAGGAUAUUUUUAACAAUUCUGAUAUCUUUAACAUGUUUAGACAGAAGAUGGGCGGGGAAGACGUCAAGGUCUCUGUUGAACUCUCUUUCAUGGAAGCUGUUCAAGGGUGCAACAAAACUGUGGCAUUCCAAACUGAUUUGCUUUGUAGUGCUUGUGGUGGAAGUGGUGUUCCCCCAGGGACAAGGCCCGAGACAUGUAAACGCUGCAAAGGCUCUGGCAUGGUGUUCCAGCAAACUGGUCCUUUCACAGUUCAGUCUACCUGUCCACAAUGCAGAGGAUCUGGAAAAAUUGUAUCGAGUUUCUGCAAGACAUGUAAGGGAAGCCGCGUAGUAAGAGGAACAAAAACUGUGAAGUUGGAUAUUAUGCCAGGAGUGGACAAUGAUGAGAUUCUGAAAGUAUAUAGAAGUGGUGGUGCGGAUCCCGAAGGAAAUCAAGCGGGUGAUCUUUAUGUUACUUUAAAGGUUAGGGAAGAUCCUGUGUUCCGCAGAGAAAGGUCUGACAUACACGUUGAUGCUCCUCUGACUAUCACUCAGGCCAUUUUGGGAGGAACAACACAAGUUCCAACUCUGACAGGAGAUGUUGUUGUCAAGGUUCGCCCUGGCACUCAACCUGGACAAAAAGUUGUACUAAAAAAGAAAGGGAUAAAAGCAAGGAAUUCAUAUUCAUUCGGGGAUCAGUUUGUUCACUUCAAAGUCGGCAUUCCAACAAAUUUGACAGAGAAGCAGCGCAAAUUAAUCGAGGAGUUUGCAAAAGAAGAAGAACGAGAAGAUGAUAAGCGUGCUGCUGCAGGAGCAUCCGGGUGAACUGAAAUGUGGCCGGAGUAGGAAGAAGAUGAGAAAGAAUUUACCGUGGUCAAAUUAUUUUUGGAUGUUUUGGGAGAUCAGUUUUGGAAAAACUUUUUCACAUAUAUUGUAAUUGUUUUAUUGUAGUCAAAGUAGCCUAAUCAUAAAUUCUUAAUCAUAGAGAGAAUUUAAGGGUUUUGGUGGCAUUCAUUAUCAUGCAUUCCUCUGUUGUAUAUAUGGAUAUAUUAUUUGUUUUCAUGAAAAGAAACAGUAAUAAAGAUUCUGUGAGGCA